UGAGACGUCUCUUUUGUUCUCGGUGGCUUGGCAUUCUCGUAUCUACAGUACGGGCGGCGGGCACCUGCCACUUGGGCAGGAAAGCUUUUUGAUGUUCGCGAAAUGCGCCUGUGGCGUCACACCUGAACCCACAACUUGACACCUUCACUAUUCGCAUGAUACUUCACACCUAUCAGCUAUCAGUCAGAACCAGGAACUUGAACUAUCUGCUUCUAUAUCUGAUACGGUCCAUGUGAAGCUCAGUCUUGUACUUCCAUGAUAUCAGCACCAUUUCUGGCCCGACAAAACGACUGCUUCUUGUCUUCUCGAAGGCAUGCCCUCGAGCAAUGAGAACCAAUGGCGCAUUCGCAUGGAUACUUGCCACGUCUUUUCUGCGGCUAGCUGGCUGCAGUGCUGUCAAUGAAGCUCAUGUCACACCAGUGACGACCACAGAAGAGCUUCAUUCUUCCACCGCGUCGCCGACUCCAGUUUCCUCCACCGUAGCUUCACCCAUAAGCUCACCAACACCUCCGGCAACUGCGCAAUAUCUGCAAAAACCCUAUACUACGUCGAGCUUGACACUGAAAUCGGCUUCUCUACCCUUUACGCCAUCGACAUGUCCAUCGAGGACCGUGAACUACCUCACACAUACUCUACCGCAACAAUGCCACAAGACAUCGAGAGCACCGCUUCCAGAGCCCCCAGAAGCUCAAGAUGAUAUGUACGAGGGGCCAUGGGCACUUACAAGACUACCCGAUCGAAGUCAAGUGGCAUACAGAAUACCACAGAAUCCUGAUGCGGGGCAUGCAACACAAACCGCCGCUCAAUCAAAGCCGGCGGUGGCCACGACACAUCCCACCAGCAUAGAAUCGAUCGUAGACACCGAUUCGCCCCUAGAUGACACCAACUUUCUUUCCUUCGAAGAAUGGAAAAGACAAAACCUGGCAAAAGCUGGCCAAUCACCGGAUAACAUCGGCGGUGGUCGCCAAGCUCCCGACGGCAGGAAACGCCCAGGUAUUAGCAAUGCUCUCGACAGUCUUGGUGAAGACGCUGAAAUAGAUCUUGAUUUCGGGUUUGGGCCGCCGGAGACUCGCGAUCUAGAGCGAUGGCGGUCGACCCAACCCAGCACGCAAGGCAAAGAGCGACCAAGUGAGGGAGCAGAAGUACCGAUGAGUGUAGGACGCAGUAAAGAUGCUGGAAAGACAUGCAAGGAACGCUUCAAUUAUGCCUCAUUUGACUGCGCAGCAAAUGUACUCAAAACAAACUCGCAGUCCAAGUCUUCCUCAUCAGUCUUGGUGGAAAACAAGGACAGCUAUAUGCUGAACGAAUGUAGAGCCGAGAACAAGUUCAUUAUCGUAGAGUUGUGCGACGAUAUACUGGUAGACACAGUCGUUCUUGCAAACUACGAAUUUUUCAGCUCCAUGUUCCGCACAUUCAGGGUGUCGGUGUCUGAUCGAUUUCCCGUGAAGAUGGAAGGAUGGAAAGUUCUUGGUAUAUUCGAGGCACGAAACAGUCGCGACAUUCAGGCUUUCUUAGUCGAACAACCUCUCAUAUGGGCACGUUAUCUUCGCGUAGAAUUUCUGACGCAGUACGGGAAUGAGUAUUACUGUCCCGUAAGUUUACUACGAGUCCAUGGUACAACUAUGAUGGAGGAGUACAAGAACGAGGAAGAUUUGUCCAGGGGCAAUUUUUACGAAGAUCCCUUAGAGGAGGCAGCCCAGGAGGGGGUUAUUUCAGGCGUUCCGCCAAUGGAGACUCCUCAGGAACCAUCGUCUGAGGUUGUCCAUUCGUCUGCAGUGGAGAUUAUGUCGCGUCUAGUCGAGAAAGACAACAGUAAUCCUGUCAAUACUAUGACAGUACCGUCCCUUACAGACACUUCAGCUCUUCCGAUGACCGGGAACGUAAGCGGACAGCCUUCACCCGGACCCGAUUCAAGCUCUGCGGGUCACAUGACUUCUUCAAUCGAUCAGGAGUCUGGGCAGAACGAUCAACAUCCUACCUCGUAUUCAUUGGUCUUUGUUAAUGGAACCUUGACAUCAGUAUGUAAUGAGCACACACCAGACGCGACCGUAGGGUCCUCGAAGGACGAUGCCACUGUUAUAGUUCAGCCUUCCAAUGAGGCCACGCCGUCGACGACACAGAUCAGUUCUGCAGAGAAAAUCUCGGACCCUAGCCACGUCCCUUCCGCUCCGCAGACAUCAUCUGCCACACCUGAAGAGCACUCAGUUUCGCCGUCUCCGCCUCAUGAUUCGAAUCAUGCAACCCGACAACAACAGCCACAAUCCCAACAACAGUCUCACGUUGGUCGCCCAUCCCCAACCGUACCCCCGACUCCGAACCCUACCACACAAGAGUCAGUUUUCAAAUCCAUACAGAAGCGCCUACAGCAGCUAGAAGCAAACUCAACCCUUUCACUUCAAUACAUCGAAGAACAGUCUCGAAUCCUCCGUGACGCCUUUGUCAAAGUCGAGAAAAGACAGCUCUCCAAAACCGAAUCAUUCUUGCAGACCCUGAAUGACACGGUCAUGACUGAACUCCGCGGAUUCCGUCAACAAUACGACCUUCUCUGGCAGUCCACGAUCCUCGAGCUUGAAGGCCAGCGUGAACAGCACGCUACAGAAGUGUUCGCCAUUUCUUCGCGUCUCAGUAUUCUCGCCGACGAACUAGUGUUUCAGAAACGUAUGGCUGUAGUGCAAAGCACGCUUCUCCUUCUGUGUCUUGGUCUCGUGCUAUUCGUUAGAUCAGGGAUUGCCGGCGGGCUGGAAGUACCAAUAUAUCAACAAGUGAGUAAUCUUAAGGAUCAAUGGCGCCCAAUGAGUCCACCCCAGGGCUGGAGCUCAAAGCUUCGUGCGACCAUGUCAGAGGUGCAUAUUCGUAGGAGUACGCCUACGAGUAGUAAUGCGCCUACUGACGACGAAGCGGAGCAUGACUCAGACAAAAUGCUUAGCCCGCAAAGCAGCCCAGAGAGUAACACCGGAGAAGUCGCCAAAGAAAGGGAGCAAAUGCCGGAAGUUCAAGUCGCGCCGCCGACGCCAGAGUCACCACCUGAGGUUUACAGAGAAAGCCAGAGCGGGCCGUCGACGCCCAGGGGGAGUAGAGACAAAGCCGUAAUGUGGCCUGCUGACGACACAGAUGAACAAGCAGAGAUUCCUUUCUCGCCUGUUUCGUCUGAUGAGGACGAGGACCAUGCUCACGAGCUUAUUAACGGCGUAUGAUUUGCAAGCAUAAUGCAUUGCGUCCAUGUUUUUGUUUUGUGUACACGACAUUACGACGGUCAAGUUUUGAUUUUGGUUGUUGUCAAGCAGUUUUGCGAUUGCGAAUGCAUAGUAUUGGCGUCUCCCCAGCGACUUGUUUGUUCAGCGUCAUAUCACGUUUAGAGGAAAGCUGUUUGGCGUUUUCUUGCCGUUAGACUGUAUGACUACGUAUAUCUGCUUAGCUACUCUACAUAUACAUACACAGACCUAUUUCAAUAUCGAUUUCUAGCAGGCUCGCUGCACUCUGAUAGAUACAUUAGU